AUGAGUGUUAAAAACAUUCAAGAUCUUGACCAUUUUUAUAAGAGCGAUUACGGCGAUGACACUAUAAAGUCGAGAAAUAUGAAAAAUUUGAAAAGGUAUAAAGUCAAUUCUGUAGACGGAUAUGUUUAUGUUAGGGAGGACCCUAAAGAAACCGAGGAACAUGAAGAAACCGAAGAAGGUGUAGCUGAACAUCCUAAAGUUGACUAUUUUUAUGUUAUUAUUGACGAUGAGUCUGUAUAUUUACAUAAACUCGAAAUUACGAAAGAUGACAAUAUCGAUGGUUGGAAUUGGAAAUUAUUUUUUUGUUUUUGGAAAGACAAGAAGGAGGAACGGAUUAAAAAACAAAUCAAGGAAGGAAUAAAAAGUUUUAUAAAUGGUGACAAGCAACCUGAAAAAGUUCCUGAAAAUCGAAAAAUCGAAAAAGAUUAUAAUGAAGUAAAUAAUGGAAUGACGAAGCCUGAAGAAAUAAUGGCUUUUGACGAUGAAAAGUCUGAAAAAGCGGUAAAUUCUGGUGAAAACAUAAUUGAAAAAACAAAAACUUGGAAAAUCGAAGGUUACGUACUAGUUAACGUGCUUCAAACAGGAUUUCUUAAUUAUCUUGUUUACUCUCAUCGUACUUCUAAACUUAAUAAUAUUAACCCUAUCGGAGAUAAGCUAGCUUAA